AUGCCAACGCCAGCGCGGGCCGUAAACCUGCGGAAACUUGAGCCAAAGAUCGAUUCUUCGCGGGUUGCUGCUGUCGUGGCUGCCAAUGGCAGAGACGAGCAAUGCAAAGGCGCGUCGUGUAUGGCUGACGAUGUAAGACUAAGAACAGCUAGAGUCUCCCCUUACGCAAGGCGCGCCGCUAUCUACGACGCCUACGAUUGGACCUCAUUCAAUGCGCCCCUCGCAGCUGUGCCUUGA